CGCGGAGUCAUAUGAUCAUUUAAACAUGGCAGCGGCCGGUCCGCCUUUGAGAGAAAUGUAUUACUUUGUAUUAUUGGUUUCCUUAGCUUCUUUGUAUAACUGCGAAAAUGUGGAAGUUCCAGCAUUCCUUUGGGGUCAUCGAGGAGAGCAGAGCAGCUUCCCCGCUGUUUCGGCUUUCCAAAAAAUUAGCCACGGUGAUUUUACUGAAAAAUUUGUACGCAAUGUGCUGUCCAGCAAGGAUACUGUGCUCGCUGUAUUUAUUCAAGAUUCCUUAAGUGUGGAAGACCUUCAACCAGAUGGCCCUUCUUUCAAAUACUUAAAGCUUGCUUUCAAAAACAACCCUGUGUUGAUGCUGCCAGCAGUGGAAAACCCCGUCGAUGCCAUCAGUUCGCUGAAGGGUGUGAAGACUGUCCAAGUGUCCGUCAGGGAUCCUGCAUCAGCCAAGGAAAAACUGCAGGACCACAACGAGCACACCAAUGUCAUCCUCCUGGAGCUUCCCAGCACCCAGUUAUCUCCUAACCGCGAUGAUGCGUUGAAGAACAUAGAUGACAUCAUCGAGAGUUCAAUGCAGCAACUGACUGCAGGAGGCAGGAAUGUGGUAGGACUGUACACGGGGCGCAGGCCAUCUUUUGGUGGAGAAGAAUCGGGUGUACGUACCCGUAGACACCUUCUUCAGGCACCACCGGUGGAAAAGAAUGCUAGUGACGUCUAUGGCGUGCUCAUGCUACGAUCCGAGUGUCUCAUCCUGUACUGUGAGGCCAUCACAGUGUCCUUCGCUUCUCAUGAAAACAGGACUUCAAAGGCUUCUUACACUUACAAUGACACCCUGCCUGCCCAGCCAGUACCAGAGUGCUCAAGCAAAGGAGCCAAUUUAACCAUACACUUUCCUGACGAAGGUGGAAUCACUGGCUUCAGUAUACUUCUCACCAUCGCCAAAAGCGGGGCAGACGGUUACAUGAUUGAAAACAUCACUGCGGACAUGGGAACGUACAAGGACCUGGCGAUGCGCAUGGGUGACACAUGGUGGCCAGCUAAUUUCUCCUAUUCCUGCGGAGACAGUUCCUUCAGGCAGCGCAAUGUCACAAAGGAACCUCACCUUCAGCUCACCUUCACCAAGCUUCAGGUGGAACUCUUCCCAAACUCCACCGACGCGCCGUUUUCGGAGUCUUACGACUGCUCGGGGUUCUUCACGAUGCCCGUCUGGAUGGGACUCCUCGUCAUCCUCCUCUACCUAGUCAUCCUCGGCGUGGGAAUCUUCUUCUUGCACGACAUACGCACAAACGAUCGCUUUGACGAUCCCAAGGGCAAAACCAUCACGGUCACGGCCACGGAUUAGGGAAGAAGUUCUCGGUUUCCUGAGAACGGUGUACAAAUGUAUAAAUGGCUACGUUUGCACUGCCUACGUUUUAAGGGAAGGCUUCGAGAAUUUCGAGGGCGCUCGUUAAAAAAAAAAAAAAAAAAAUUGCGCGCGUCUCGUAGAACAAAUCUGAAAUUACCGACUUUAUUUGAAAUCGGCUCGCUGUAAAAUGGCUUUCUAACGGCAGAUUUUUUGUAAAAACAGUGUUUUCAUGUUUACAACAAUGAGGACUUGUCAAGGCAACAGUGUUUUGCUCCAUUGUUUUUUUUUCCUGUGCAUGUCUCUUCCCACUUAAGCUACUACCACGAGCAGAAAUGAACUGCCAUGUUGAAAGGCGGCAGACUUGAUUUUGCGGUGUGUAUUUAGUCAUGUACUGUGAUUGCAUCGUAUGUGUGCAGGACUACUAUCGAAAUGUAGGUGUGCUAGGGAACUUAUUUGGGAAUGUACACGUUUAAUUUAAAUUGAAAUAUAAUAUUCCGCUGCUGUUUCACAUUUCCCGUACAUUCCACGGCACAUGUCACUGUGCCCACUGAUGUGCAACAUUUCUGGAUCGUGAAGACAUUGCUGGGAGAUAGAAGGAGCAUAUUUCGAAGGCUUAACUCUUCGCUAGAAAAGACUGUGUGGAACAUGGCUGUAUGUGUGUCAGUGCAAGAUAAAAGCGAUUGUUGCAUGUGUAUAAAAAGACGUUGGUUCGGCUACAGUGUUGUUUCAAUACAUAUGUUGGGAACAGUGUUCCGAUAGUUUAGUUUGGUAACUACUAAAUGAUACUCCGAUACAGUAACUGCGUUUAACAGCCACGAGGAAACACAAUGUUGCUGAACAAGUGGAUGGCAAGCAGGAUGGUGCAUUAGGUUUGCCUCUUGAGAACUGGCCAAUAUUGCUGUCUGGAUUUGAAAGAAUGAUGAAAAUAAGCUUUGCUACAUCUGUGUGGACAUUCUUCCUCUUCUAAAGUUGACCUGCAUAGAUAAAUAAAAGUUGGUGAAUCCUA